CAUGAUCGUCAGAAGGAUAUCAGCGAAAUACACGGGCGAAUGAGAUAUUCUUGUCCUGCCAUUUGAAGCCGCCAGACCAAGGAGUGCCCGGGAUUCAGAUUCGCUCAUACCUCAAGAUUCGACCAACCCGAUGCUUCGAGUCCCAGGCAUAGAUCUCAGGCAUAGAUCUCGAGGAAAUAGAUUUAGGACGGCUGAGCACGUCAGCUAAAGCACCUAAAAGGAUCAUGGAUAGCGACCAUCAUGAAGAUAAGUCUGGUACAAACGUCUCCGGAGCAUCCUAGGUACGUAGGUCUUAGUAAAGGGUGUUCAUGGAAACCGCCAACAGGCCCCCCAGAUCCAUCAAAGGUCCCUGAGAGCAUUUGGUCGCCAAGGUAUCCUAGACGGCGCAAGUCGAUUGUCAAUGCGAACGUAAUCCCUGGCAUGGAGUGGUUGAGCAAGAAAAGUCGUCGAAAAGGCCUUGCAUCUAGGAAGUGUAGAGGUGCACUAAAUCCACGUCCACGACGGAUCGGUCGAGAUACCAGUCUGAUGGGGAAACAAUGUUCUCGCAAAAAAAAAGCCAACGGGAUCGAUAUAAUUGUUCGCAUGUGGGAGGAACCGGAAAUCGAACCACGGAACAGCGCAUCGGUACCGGCCCAUUCGAAAAAUCCCACAAGUGGUACCGGAAAAGCAAAAACGGAGAAUUCCAGCAAAGCCAGCCUCCACGAAGCCAAUAUCCGAGCGGUGACCGGUCCGGUCAGUCAGGGCCUGUUGUCACGAGAGGCUGUGAAACUUCGAGAAAGGCGAAUACUCCUUGAGCCCUGAUGGUGCAACGCUCGGCAAGAUGGUCUCGCAAAUUGGGAAGC